GAGAGAAGGCUCUAUUUCAAACAAACACUUGAAACAAAAGCUUACAUCAGAAAUGGCGAUUCAACUUCAGUUUUGUUUGAAUUUAUUCCUGUAACUAAAACAUCCAUUUUUCUUUCCUCUUAUUCGGGCAAAUUAGCCGUCUGUGGAUAUUAAAAUCUUUAAACCGAUUUAAUUGGAGGUAUGCUCGUUUAUUUCGUUCUGGAUCACAAUGCUGUGACGAAUAUAGUUUGGGCAAGCCCUUUGUGAAGGAAAACCCAAGAAAAACAUCUGCAAUGUCAAAUUCCUGGACAAAAAGGAGCAGAGUGGUUAUCCUCAUGUGUGUAGCAUUAGUAUCAAUGACUUGUGUCAUUCUAUCCUGUACAACCAGGCCAAAUCAGCCAAUUAAAUGGCGACUAGGGGAAAGCAUUUCUGUCGGGGCUACAGGCAUCAACUUGGGCAAAGAACCUCCACAGCUGGAGACAAUAUUACAGAAGGUUGAUAUGGGUGAUAAGACGGUUAUAAUAACUACAUUGAAUCAUGCAUGGGCAGAACCAAAUUCUAUGCUAGAUCUUUUCUUGGAGAGCUUUCGCACUGGGGAAGGAACGAGUAGGUUCUUGAAUCAUCUGAUUAUAGUUGCUUUGGAUCAAAAGGCUUAUGAUCGGUGCUUAUCCAUCCAUUCUUACUGUUUUAUUCUCAAGACUGAGGGUAUUGACUUUUCCGGGGAGAAGCUUUUUAUGACACAUGAUUAUUUGAAGAUGAUGUGGAGAAGGAUUGAUUUCCUGAGGACUGUGCUUGAAAUGGGAUACAAUUUUGUUUUUACGGAUGUAGAUAUAUUGUGGUUCAGAAACCCUUUCGACCAUUUUGCAAAAGAUGCCGAUUUCCAAAUCGCUUGUGACGUUUAUAAUGGCAGCCCUACAGAUCUGAAUAACACUGCAAAUGGAGGAUUCAACUAUGUAAAAUCAAAUAAUCGGACAAUACAAUUCUAUAAAUAUUGGUACUCCUCACAUGAGUUAUAUCCAGGAAAGCACGACCAAGAUGUGUUAAAUUCUAUUAAGCAUGAAGAUGAGAUCACGAAAAUAGGAUUGACAAUGAGAUUCUUGGAUGAAACUUAUUUUGAUGGCUUUUGUGCAUCACGCAAGGAUUUGAACAAGAUUUGCACUAUGCAUGCCAAUUGCUGUAUCGGAUUGAGCAAUAAGCUUCUUGGUUUAAGACAAAUGCUCACAGAGUGGAAAAUUUUUCAGUCUGAGACCAUUAUUUAAGAGAGGAUGUUGUAAAUAACAUUGUUGAGAAUUUCAUG